AUGAAUUUAAAUGUUGUAGUUGGCGGCACUUUAAUGGAUAAACCUUAUGAAGACACCUAUCAACUCAUUGAAAACAUAGCGCAAAACCAUUUCCAAUGGGAAGGUGAGCGAACUUCUACAGAAAAAACAACUACAGAGACAGGAAUGUAUGAAGUCAAUGGCAUAGACCACGUCAAUGCUAAAGUAGAUUUUCUUACUCAAAAGAUUGAGAACUUAACCAUAACCCGAACAGAUGUUGUAGCUGUUGUGGCACCCAAUUGCGAAUUAUGCAGAACCCCUGGGCAAACUAAUGUUGAAUGUCAAUUAUUAGCUGGUAUUCCUGACCAAGUAAACUACGCCAAAGGAAACCCAUAUUCCAACACCUACAAUCCCAGUUGGAGAAAUCAUCCAACCUUUUCUUAUAAAAAUAACAAUGCUUUGUUUGCACCAAACCCAACACCUGUUGUACCUCCAGGUUAUCAGAAAGGAGCCCCUGUUGCUCCAUAG